UGACAUCACCACGUUAUGAGGUCAAAGAGAAGGAAGUGCUGUAUAACUCCUGUCUCUGAGGGGGACAGAGCCACUCGGAGGGAGAGGGAGAGCUGACAACAAUAUCAACAACAACAUCGACAACAACAAACAUCAGGGAUGGGCCACUCUCUGUUUCUCCUGUUCUUCUCAGGGCUGUCCAUCCUCCCCUCAUGCCUCUCUCAUCAGUUCCACUUUGUGAACAUCAAUAAAACCUGGACUGAAGCACAGAGUUACUGCAGACAGAACCACACUGACCUGGCCUCCAUAGACGACAUGGCAGAUAUGAACAGGCUCAACAACACAGUACAGGCUGAGUUAUUGACUGAACCAGCCUGGAUAGGGUUGUCUAAAACCAGCUGGAGGUGGUCUGCGGGAGACACAGAAUUAGAGCCGGUGGUGUUUUGGGAACAAGGCCAACCAGAUAAUAGAAACAACAAUGAGUCCUGUGUGUGGAUGCUAAAUGGGCUUUGGCAUGAUGCGAACUGUGGUGAACAACAUAAUUUUGUGUGCUAUGACACAAAUCUCACUAGUCAGUACAUCGUCGUCACUGAAAAUAAGACUUGGAGUGAGGCUCAGCGCUACUGUCAGAAGAACCAUAAGGACCUGGCCAGUGUGUGGGGUGAAGCAGAGAAGGACGCCAUACAGAACGCCAUACAGAACGCCAAGAAGGAAGAGGUGGUGUGGAUCGGCCUGUGUAGAGAGAGUGGAGACAGAGAGUGGAGGUGGUCUGACCAGAGUGGCUCAACCUUCAGAAACUGGAUGGCAGGCGAGCCAAACAGGGCAAAUGUGGGAGAAAAGCUCUGUGUGGAAGUUAAGUUCCCAUCUGGAGAGUGGAAUGAUCACAGCUGUAUCACCAAACAUCAUUUUAUCUGCUAUGAUGAUAAGCUGGUUCUGGUUUCAGAGAACAAGACGUGGUCAGAAGCCCUGAGGUACUGCAGAGACCGGGGCAUGGAGCUGGUGUCUGUCCACAACCCCAGCAUCCAGCACUGGGUCCGACAGAAAGCCAAGAUGGCCUCCAGUCCCUUCGUCUGGCUGGGCCUGAGGUACACCUGCACUCUGGACUUCUGGUUCUGGGUCAAUGGAGAAGAGCCCUGCUACCACAACUGGGCCCACGGGGAGGGCUACAACACCAGCAAGGUGCAGUCUGGGAACACGGGGGCCAUAGAGAGAGAUGGGGGGAAGUGGGUCGGCCUGCCUGAGACUGACAAAUUCAACUUCAUCUGCAGCAAGAGUGAUGGUCAGAUUUAAUCUGUUUUUUAAUCUCUCUCUCAAUUCAAUUAAAUGUGCUUUAUUGGCAUGACUUAACAAUGUACAUAUUGCCAAAGCUUACUUUGGAUAUUUACAAUAUUAAAAUAAUAAGAAUCACAAAUGUCAACGUGACAACAAUAACCAUUAAACAUUGAACAAUACCAAUAAGCAUACAGUAGAGGACAUGUGCAGGUUGAUUGGUCUGUCAGACACUGUCCCUCAUUUUAUGGCAGGCAGCAAUGUAGUGGGCUGCCAACCCACGGCUCUCUGCGUCCUCCCCCAACAGAACGGGUAGCCUACUCUCAUCAGAGAGGUCUUUGAAACCUUGAAUAAGUAACUAACAUACAUCAUGAAGGGGACAUACAUCAUUAAGGGAACAUAAAUCAUUAAGGGAACAUAAAUCAUUAAGGGAACAUACAUCAUUAAGGGAACAUACAUCAUUAAGGGAACCUACAUCAUUAAGGGAACAUACAUCAUUAAGGAAACAUACAUCAUUAAGGGAACAUACAUCAUUAAGGGAACAUACAUCAUUAAGGAACAUACAUCAUUAAGGGAACAUACAUCAUUAAGGGAACAUAAAUCAUUAAGGGAACAUACAUCAUUAAGGGAACAUACAUCAUUAAGGGAACAUAAAUCAUUAAGGGAACAUACAUCAUUAAGGGAACAUAAAUCAUCCUGCAGCACUCCCUGGUGGUGUGAUGAUAAAACUGCAAGAAUCUGUGUUUCAAUAAAAACUAUCAAACUA